CAGCUGUCUGAGCGGCCGACAGCGCAGCUUCUCGGAGGUGGUCUCCUCGGGCGGUGGGCAGGGGGCCGCAGUUUCGCGCGGCCAGCGGCAGCUCAGAUCCUGCUCUGCCGUGACGCAGACGACGCCUGGCCGGGCCCGCUCCCCAGCGCUGCCACCCGCAGCGGAGGUCUUCCAGGCGGCCAAGAUGGACGUGGCCGGUCGUGGGCAGGCCUCGAAGCCAGCCGAGGCGGGCGUGGCUGGCGGCGGGCAAGCCUCAGAGCCGGCCAAGACGGACGUGGCUGGCGGUGGAGAAGUCUCGGAGCCGGCCAAGACGGACGUGGCUGGCGGUGGAGAAGUCUCGGAGCCGGCCAAGACGGACGUGGCUGGCGGUGGAGAAGUCUCGGAGCCGGCCAAGACGGACGUGGCUGGCGGUGGAGAAGUCUCGGAGCCGGCCAAGACGGACGUGGCUGGCGGUGGAGAAGUCUCGGAGCCGGCCAAGACGGACGUGGCUGGCGGUGGAGAAGUCUCGGAGCCGGCCAAGACGGACGUGGCUGGCGGUAGAGAAGUCUCGGAGCCGGCCAAGGCGGACGUGGCUGGCGGUGGAGAAGUCUCGGAGCCGGCCAAGACGGACGUGGCUGGCGGUGGAGAAGUCUCGGAGCCGGCCACCGUGACGGGCGUGACCAGCGGCGGCAGCGUCCGAGCUCGCCGGUCGCUGUCGGCCGGUCUGAGCGUGCGGGGCUGCCCGGGCUCGACGAAGACCCCAAGUCUGAGCUGCAGAUCAGCCGGACCGGUGGCUGUGAGAGACGGUUCAACGAACAUCAACAGCGGCGGAAAAUGGGCUUUUGAGCUCUGGGACAAAGCGACGCACGGACGGCAUUGGUUUAUCGGCAUGCGAAGCACGCACCUGCUAAUGUUCCCCCGAGUGUUCGCGGUAGUCUUAGACGCCGGCGGGACGCUGUGGUGAUAUGGCAUCUCUUGGACGUGUCUUGAUUGGUUUAGGGCGCGAGUUCUGUUCGGCUUGGUGAUGCACAUCUCUGGUAGCUGUUGAGUGUGCUGAGCGCACUACCCGAGCUCGGCGACUAGGUGUGUCAUUUGCACGCAAUUGGGGUGGGACCGUGAAUAGGGAGCAAGCUAUGGGGACUACCAAUCACCUUGUGGUCACCAUCCUCAAGGUGGGUCUUUUUUGGUGCAUUUCGAUUUCUCCCGAAACGUAUGGUAAGUGGCGCGCCAAACGUAUCGCCCUCUCUUCGUUCCAAGGUAAGUUGAACACGAAUGUUCUCGCUUGUUUCGUGUUCUCCGAUG